UGUUGCAUUUUCGCGCUAUCUAGCCUUCUAAGUUUGAAAAGUUUUAACUUUCGAAUCUUUGCUGCGUCGAAAAUACAUCUACAAGACUCCAAAAUGAUGAGCAAGAGGAUCGCUGUUGCCGUUGCCGUCGUCCUGGCUGUAAUCUGCCUGGUGGAAGCUAGGGAGGAAGGUCCUCAUGACAUGGCAGACGCUCUCCGCAUGCUGCAGGAGCUGGAUCGUCUGUAUACUCAAGCUGCCAGACCAAGGAUUGACCGCCGCGAUGUUGCGGAUGGAGACCGCGUCGACCCAGACUUGUUAGAUCGCGCGAUGCGUCUGAUCCAGCUGCAGAAUCUAGACCGCAUUUACUCCUACCACACCCGACCAAGGUUUGGAAAACGUUCGGAUGCAUUCACAAACUGGGCUAAGGACGUCGAGAAGCCGGACUUACCAGCCUGGCUGACUUAUGCCAGAAGGAGAUGAGGGGUGCAACAGUACGGGAUCUAUCAUAAAAAUCACAAAUAAAUGUUCGUGAACAGUACCAUUGUAUACAUUGUCGUGCCGAUAAGCUAUUUAAUAAAUAGAUGCCGUUUCUCUCAGUUAAAUAUCCCACAGUCUAUUAUAUAUCUAUCAAUUUAUACAAAACCUAAAACUCGAUAGAGUAUAAACUCCUUUUCUAUCUUUUCACCCGUCAAAUUAAGGUUUUGUAACAUUAUUUAAAAUUUCAGUGUAUAUUGCAAUAAGCAAUAUAUUUUUGGACUUAGAACUAAUUUGGUGUAAUUUUAUGAGUCAUUAAUAAAUUAUUACGUGCUCGUUUUUAUUCUUAUAGAUCGUAAGUUAUAUCAUAAUAGUAUCAGAAAUUGUAGUCGUUCAGAAUAUCAUCUGUAACUCUUUCUUAAAUAAUUAC